AUGGCUUCUCUACUUUGCGACGUCAAAGCUGUCGCAAUGAUGGUAUUUGUUCAUCAGCUGCUGCUGUCUUCCUCGCUGUUGGUAAUGGCUGAUCCCACGGAAGGGUUCGUCGCGCUUCCACUCACGGCAUCAGAUAUGAAGGUUCAGUGGCCGUACGAUCUGAAGAAGGAGGAGCGUUACAGCUUCGAAAAUGGCGUUCAUACGCUUAGGGUUUUCUCAACGGACAAGCCGCUCAAAAUUGGCAGCCCCACCAGGCCACGCACCGAAAUUCGCAUACUUUUUGAAGGACAAGCAUACGUGCCGAGCGGCACUUCCGGCGUCUGCAUAACGCAAGUGUUCGGAGCUAGCAAUCAGUCGACGACCCUGGCCGUUCGAGUUCACGGCGGUAACCUCACCGCCUACAGCACCGUCAUCGUGCCCGGCAUCUCCGACAGAUGGUUUAGGCUGAACGUGAUUCACGACGUCGGAGCCGGGAAAGUUUUCGUUCACGUUGACGGAGCUCUUGUUUAUGAAGGAGCGGAUCAUGGAGGGAGCUCUCAUUACUUCAAGUGUGGAGUUUACGCUCAGAAGGAUAUGUCCAGCUAUAUGGAGUCGCGGUGGAAAGAAAUCCAGAUAUUCAACAAAAAUUAG